CCUCCGGACAAGUCUGGCCCCGCCGCCGACCCGUAGACCCGACCCGCAGACCCGGUCGCGCGUCCUCCCGCGUCGCUAGGCAACCCCGGGCCGCGGAGAGACGACCAACCGACCUCGGGCAGCAGGGACUUGGGGCGCCGGCGCCAUGGACCUGGUCAUAACGCAGGAGCUGGCCCGCGCCGAGAGCCAGCAGGAUGCUGCCUCCCUGGAGAGGGCUUAUCAGCUGAUUAAGUCCGCCAACCUGGGCAAGUCGGAGUUCGACCCCACAGAAAGCUUCAGCCCCGACCUGUUUGUUUUGUGUGCGGAACAGGCCCUGAAGAUGGGGCGGCCGGGGAUGAGCCAGGACUGCAUCCAGAUGUACUUCAAGGUGAAGGGCCCCGUCACCCAGUUUCUGGGCCGAGCGCACCUGUGCAGGGCCCAGCUCUGUGCCCCCAAGUCCACAGAGGACAUGGGGGACUUUGAAAAUUGCGUGACUCAGUAUAUGAAGACGGUCAACUUUGCAAGAGGAGAACCGAGGUAUCACUUCUUGGUGUACAACGCAUCCGUCCUCUACUGGCAAAUGGUGAGGCCCUUCCUCAAGCCCGGAUACCGUCGCCACCUGAUCCCCAGCCUCUCCCAGAUCGUGAACGUGCUGAAUCAGAUCGAGGAGGAAGACAAGGACUGGCGGGCAGAGCUAAUGCUGGAGCUUCUGGAGUGUUAUCUGCAAGCGGGAAGAAAGGAGGAGGCCGCGGAGUUCUGUGCCACCGCGGCGCCGUUCAUCCGAGCCCACGCGCCCCGCAGAUACCAGCAGGUGUUUGCUCGGAUGGUCCGACAUGGAUUAACGGGCGAGCUGCAGUUGAAGGAAGAAACGCGGACGUCCGCCGGCCUGGCCGUCACCUUCCACAUCAACUCGCUGCAAGCAAGAUUGGAUAAAAACGAUUUGCCCGAAGACAUCCCCGGAAUUCUGAGGGAGGCCUACGAAGACUUAGGCCGCGGUAGCCACCAGCGCGUCCCUUCCGCCGCUGAGGACCAAAUUCUUUUGCUUUUUGAACUGGCCCACCUUUCUCUGACCUUGAAAUGUGAGGAGGUCUGCUCUGACUGCCUCUCGGACUUGAAGAAAAUGGACAGCAAAGACCCUGGCGAGCUGAUUGAAACGGAAUGCUUGGAGUGCGCGUUAGAAGCUCUAAGACUGGAGCAGAAAAUUAAAAUCUACACCCGAGAGGCCGUGGAGACCCAGCUGACUGUGAUACAGAGACUCGACCUCGCCCUCCAGCGAGCCGUCCGGCUGGGCGAGCCCCGGGUCACCCACGUGGUGUGCAGCACGCAGUGGAACGCAUGCCUCCCCCUGCUGCAGCACAACCUGCGGCACCACCUGCGGAAGCCGCUGACCAACAUCGCGGAGGCCCUGGAGACGGUGGACAGCCUCAUGGUCCCGCUCCGCUGCCAAGUGCACAUGGAGGUGGCGCACAUCGAGGAGGACGCCGACCGCCUGGAGCCGGCCAUGGAGCACCUGAGGAAGGCCAUGCUGCUGGACAGCCUGGGCCUCUACCAGGACGGGCUCAGGACGGCCUUCAACCGCCUGCGCCUCUGCACCAUGCUGUACCAGACCCCCGAGCGCGCCGAGGACAAGGCCACCAUGGCCAUCGAGCAGGCCAAGAAGGCCCUGGCCAAGGACAGCGUGCGCAAGAAGCGGGCCCUGCUGGUGAACGCGGGCCUGGCCCUGGCCCCCGACACCUUCCAGGUCGUGCUCGACAGCGAGAACGAGGCCAAAGUCUCCAUUGGGAAGAGCCGUGGCCGCUUCACCCACCUGUUCGCCAAGGCACGGCACCACUCCCUCAGCGUGGACAAGGCCGCCGGACACCUGCGGCGCCUGGGGAGCAGGAACGACAAGGAGAGGAUACAGAUCUGGGCAGAGCUUGCCAAGGUGGCCCGGCAGCAGGGCGUGUGGGACGUGUGCCGCGCAGCCUGCCACUUCUGCCUGCUCUACGACAGCGUCAAGGUGAAGAAGCCGGCCAGGCUGAAGAGAGGAAAGAAGAGGAAGGGCGGGGAGGGUGCCAGGCAGGACUCCCGGAACCACUCGGACACCACCCUGCAGAAGCAGAUGUCCCCCAGCCUGCUGCGCACGGUCGCGGAGGUGGGGUUCAUUAGCGCCGAGGCCACCGUCCACCUGCUGCAGUCGGAGGGUGUGCAGCUGAAUGACCGCCCCACGCCCCCCAAGGAUCUGAGCCAGCACCCAGUGGGCUACGUGCCUGAGCGCCCAGAGGACAACGCGGAGUGGGUCGUGUACCGGACCUGGAUAGAGAGCCUGUCGCAGCACGCCAUGAACAGCUGGCUGCGCUCGGCCGAGAUCGGACACCAGCUGCGGGAAGCGUGGAUCGUGCACAACGCCGUGGUCUACGUCCUCAACCACAACCAGCACCUCAUCAUGGCUGGGCGGCAGAGGGAGCUCGUGGACCCCUUGUACCACCUCCUGGGCCUUGUCAAGGCCACGGGCCACAGCGGAGACCCCGUGCUGCUGGCCGCGCUGUGCAGCGCUCUGGCCCGAGGCCUGAUCGUCCCCUGGAUCCCGGCCCCGAUGCCAGAGAAAUCCAGAAAGCAGGCGCGCUCAAACCCGCCUCACACACCGCUGGACCCGGAAGCCGCCUCUGAAGUCAGGACCGCAGUGGAGGUCUGCGAGUUCGCCCUGAACCUGACCAACGGGACGGUGCCCGAGGACGCGGUGCCCGUCAAGGCCCGGCAGCAGCUCAUCGCCACCUGGGUGAAGGCCAAGCAGCUGCUUCAGCAGCAGGUCGGGCCCCGGCUGGGCACGGACGAGCAGAGCACCAAUGAGGACGUCACCUCUGUGACCAGGGUUCUCGUCGCCUUGGAGCUCUACUCCUGCAACGGGCUGGGCCUCAUGGACUUCACUGUCCCCCCCUUGGCCCAGCUGGUGAAGAUGAGCGCCGCGUGCAGCUGGUCCGACCCCCUGGUGGAGCUGCAGACGCUGACGCGACUGACCCACUUCAGCUACAUGGCCCGGGACCACGAGGCCACCAUGGCGUGCUCGCAGCGGGCCAUCCAGACGGGCGUCAAGUCGCUGCGGGCCUCCAGUCAGGCGGAGGCUCAGCUGGUGGCGGAGAUGCUGAGCACCGCGGCCUGCAUCCAGGGCCGGAGCAUCAUGGACAACCUCAAGGGCCGGAAGCAGCUGCGGCUGACGGCCGCCAAGGCCUUCAUGGAGGGCGCCAGGUUCGGGGGCCUAGCGGGGAGCAGCGCGCUCGUGAUGCUGGCCGCGAGGCACUGCUGGAACAGCUGGCUCCCGCUGCUGUCGUCCGCCGUCAGUAGGAGGCAGUGCAGGGGCCCCACCCAGCGGCUCCUCAGCAUCAUCAGCAAGACGGAGGCCAGGAAGCAGGAGAAAGGACAGACACUGCCCCUGCACCAGUGGCCUACAGCAGACUUCCACGGUGGAGCGGCCACCGACGGGCAUUUCCUCCCAGGGGCCGAGGACGACUUGACGCUGCGCGCCGCGCUCUACGGCCUCCUCUUCCACAGCUACGCCGACCAGGAUGACUGGGAGGGCGGCCUCAAGGUGCUGGACGAGGCCCUGCAGGUGCUGCCGCGGACCGCGCACCGCCUCUUGAUUUUCAAACACAUGGUCAUCGCGAAGGCCAAACUUGGCCAGAACUUUAUGAUGGAAAUUCAGAAAUUCAAAGACCAGAGUGAGGGCUACUUGGCACACAUGUGGCACCGCCUGGCCCUGAACUCCAGGAGUGUCCACGGGGAGCUGACCUGCUACCACAACGCCAUCCAAGCCCUGCAGAAGCCGGAGAGCGAGUGGCAAAAGGUUGACUACAUCAUGGAGUUUAGCCAGUGGCUGUAUCACAAACAGUUUCCUCUUGAAGACGUGGUCUUCCACCUGAAGUGGGCCGUCGACAUCCUGCUGCAGAUGCAGCAGGACAGGGGCACACCUGAGCCAGCAGAAGAGCACGCAUCCGCUCAGGCCACCCUGGAGGGUCCAGGCCCCGAGGACGCCAGGACCACCUCCCUGGAGGGGCUGCGGAGUGUGCGGCAGCUGGAAGCGCUGGCCCGCGCCUACACGCUGCUGGCCCUGGUGGCCACCCCGAGCGACGCCCGCCACCAGGACUACUGCCUCAUGGCCUACACGUCCCUCUGCCGCAUCUGGCAGGUUUCUUUUUCAACAGCAGGAAGAUCCCUCUCAGAAAGUAAAAUCCCAGCAGCAGCAAGUUCACAGUUGCUGUUGCCUAAAAAGGAGAAGGAGAAAAGCCAAGACCGAGAGAAGGACAAGGACAAGGGCAGAGGUCCCAAGCAGCUUCACAGCCCGGCUGCUGGCAGACGACUUGAAGACCUACCAGCGAGCCUCGAAGAGUGGGCUUCCUACGCCUGCCCCGAAGAAGUGGUGGCUGUGUUCCAGCAGGAUCGAAGCGACUUUACUAUCAACCCAUGGAGUGUGGAGAAGCCGACCUAUGCUUUGUACUACGUGGACCGCCUGGUCAAGGCCCUGCAGGAUGCCCUCCUUCCUGAGCUCACCAUCCCGGUCCUGCAGCUGGGGCUGCUCAUCGCGGCCUCUGUGGUGGAAAGCCAGAGCCUCGAAGGCCUCUACCACCUCCGGCUCGCCCUGGUCUGCUCUGACCUGAGGUUGAGGGAGGCAGCGAAGUACCACGAGGACGCGGCCGGGCAGGCGCACAUCACCGAGGUGGAGCAGGCCAGCUGCAGAAAAGAACUUGCCUUGAAAAAGGAGAGAAACAGGGGACCGCUAUUGGAAGAAAGUCUACUAGCCCCGAGCGAGGCCCCGGCUCCCGCUCGGCAGGCAGAGAUGAAGCCCCUCGUGGCAGAGGACAAGCUUUUGAUGAUCAACCGAGAGACCGGCAAGGGCCUGGAUGGAGCCGCCCUGCCUCAGCUGUGGACCCUCAAGGCGGAGGUGCUGCUGGACAUGGGCCUGUACCAGCCCGCGAGGCUGCUCCUGUCGGAGGCCCACCUGGCCUUCCAGGAGCUCAACGAUCCCUGUGCAGAGUCGAAAUGCCUGCACCUGUUGGCGCAGUUGGCGAACAAGGAGAAGAACCACGGGCAAGCGAAGGAGCUGGUGGAGUGGGCCCAGCGCCUGGGGGGGGGCGCGGAGUUCUGGUACAGCUCCUCCCUGACGCUGGCCGAGGCGCUGCUGUCCCUGGAGCCGCUGGAGAGGAGAGAGGCGCAGGUCUGCCAGCUGUUCCAGAAGCUCAUAGGUACCUUCGACGUCCUCAAGAAGGAAAGACCCAACCAGAUGCCCAUGUUGGAAUUCAUGACCACGGACCUAGAAGCCAGGUGCGUGAGCCUCCAGAUCAGAGCCAUGCGGGAGCCCCUGGAGGACCCCCUUCUGCUGGCAGAACUGGGUGACCGCUUGCUGGAAAUUGAGGAGAAGUUUCUCAGCUGCGGCUACAAGGAGAGGGGCGUGGACAUGAGGCUGGAGCGUGCCAAGAUGAGGAGGUUAUCUGCCCAGAAUGAGAAAGACGAAGAGCGAAGAAGUGCCUGUUACCUGGAAGUGUGUGACCUGGUCCAGAGGGCGGUCGCCGAGGAGGAGGCGGCGUUUCACCGCGUUCGGGGCCUGCUGUCCCUGCAGGAGUUACAGAACAUCAACAGCCCGCUGAUGCGGCGGCUGGCGCGGCUCAAGUGCAGCCUGGUGGAGGUGUGUCUGGACCUGCUGCGGCUCACGUGGGAGGAGGCCCAGGAGCGGGAGCUGCAGCAGGGCUCCGUGGACCGGCUGCUGGCCGACUACUUGCGGAGCCCAAGCGACUACACGUCCGUCGGCCUGAAAUGGUUCACCCUGAAGCGGACCCUGACCCACACGGUGCUGGCCCAGCUGGGGAGCCUGCAGCCUCUGUGCGCCCGCUGCGUGGAGCUCCGCGCACAGCUGCUGGGCCUGGCCGGGAAGGCCCUGCACCUGCUGGCCAUGCGCGCAGAUCCCGUGCGCCCCGCCUUCUACUGGGAGGAGAGCCCUCUGGCGGGUGCUGAGCCGAGCAGCCUCAAGUGUCUGGAGACCAUCCAGGAGGAAGGGGACGAUGAGGGGCUCCACUGCGACCUGCCGGCCUCCAGGGCGGCCCCCGAGGAGCACAGCAGGAAGGGCUCGGAUCUGAAGGCUAGGGCGCCCGCCUCGCCAGCCCCGUGCUCCCAGCCCACGGAGCCCGCCCGAGCCCGAGUCUCGCAUCUGCAGAGGAGGAUGGCGCUGGCCCGGCGGUACCUGGCCCAGGCGUCCGAGGUGCUGCUGCAGUGCCUGCAGGUCGCCCUGGGCAGCAGCCUCCUGGACGUCGCUGCAGCCGCCAGCCUGGAGCUGGUGGAGUGCAGCAGCAACCUGGACCCCGCAGCCACCUGCCAGUUCCUGGCACUGUCGCAGAGCUGCUCGGCCUCGGAGACCAUGCGGGACAUCCUGCUCACGGCCACGGCCGACACCAGCAGCUCGCAGCUGGCGGCGCUGCUGCAGCUCCAGCACAGGCUGAAGCACCAGGGGAGGAUGUCCAGCAGCCUGUUUGCCAGCGUGGAGCAGAAACUGGCCACCAUAUCCAAGGCUUGGCAAAACCUCCGGGUCACCGAACAGCAUUUUAACCUCUUGAACGAGAUUCCUCCCGCUUUUCGGAUCCUCUUUUUGCACCACUCGGGGGACAGGACUCAUCUGUACGGCGCCGCCUAUGAGAAACCCAAGCUCACUCCUUCAGCCAAAGGCAAAAUGCUGCAGAUGGGGGGCUCCUGCAAGGUGGCUCGAAUGGCCACGAGCCCAGCCGCCUUCUCCUGCCUGUUGGCCAGCGUCCAGCAGUUCCGGGAGCAGAGCCAGUCCAAGGCAUACAGUGAGGACGUGGCCCUGAACCCAGGCUUGGUGAGGGCCGGAGACCCAUGCCAGGGCUGCCCCCGCUGCGUGGGGGGCUGGGGGAGGACCCCCGCCCCGGGCACUGCUGGACACCCAGAGUUUCUCCGAGGUCUUAAAGCUCGUGGAGGAGUAUCUGAGGCCACUGUUCCCCCUGCUCAGCUGCCUCCCGGAAACCAGAGCGCAGAUUCCCACGGUCGUUGCAGACUUGGGGAAAUCCAAGGUCAAAGACAGGGAGAGGAAGGUGUCCAUGCCCCAGGCCCACCAACCGCAGAUACCUGCUCUUCUGUGUGGGCAGGACGCAGUGACAUCGCGGUCGCCCUCCCGAGCACCUGUCAGGCGGCUGGAGGGCAAAUGAGCGGAUUUCCUAAACGCAAGAGGAAAUACCUUUGUUUUGGUGUCGUGGGGAGAAGGCCCUGCCCGGAGCUGAGCGAGAGCGGCUGUCAGAGCCGAGGACCUGGGCUGCUUUCGUGACCUGAGAUUCUGACCUAAAGUUGCCCCAGAUGAAAAUCCUUGCUGGAUUUUAAGUAACUUAAGUUCUGUUGACUCUUCUGGUGGCCUCACCCAUUGCACCAGCUUCCCUGUCACCAGGCAGGGCUUCCUCAGCGAGCCGGGCGGGGCUGAUGGCUCCUCCAAGGGCGCCCCUGCCCUUCCCCCCCAGAGCUGCCCCCAGCGACCACACACUCCCUAGAGACCUUGGCAUCGGUCCUCUGGAGGGCUCCCCGGUCAGGAGGAGCCAGGGCACCACGACCUGGCUGCUCCAUCAAAACCAGUGUCUGCCCCAGGAGACUCUGGCACGUCUGAAGCUGUGCUGAGUUCAUUCUCGGUCCCAGGUCUCCCGCCAGCAGCCUUGGUGAGGACGGGCAGGCCUUGGCUGGCAGGCCAGCAGGGCUCGCCGUCCUCGGCGCCACACCAGCCCUGGUGUUCCCGCCCACAGUGCAGCCCGAGGUCGCAGACAGCAUCAUCCUGAUUGCGGGCAGGGAUCUUCUGCAGCUGCCGUUGGAAGGUCUCUCUGUGUUUGACGAAGGCACAGUCUCCUCUGUGUCACGAGAAUUUUCUCUCCAAAUGCUGUGGAAUCGCCUCCGUAAAGAGGAGACGGGUGAGAGCCACACUGAUAUUUGAUUUUGGAAUGGAAAUGUGUUUGAGUGAUUUUCAUUAUAAGAAAAUGUAACCCUUGUCAAAAAAUAGUUCCAGAUGUUGCCACGUUUUUGGAGACACUGGUUCAUUCAAUGCUUAUAAAAUACCCACUGUGUGCCAAGUGUUCUGUUAGGUGCUGAACGCGCCCUGAAGCAGAAACUUAACUCUGUUCUUGGUCAAAGGAGGGGACUGGCGUAAGCUACCAACGACACAGUUAAUCCUUGUCUACACGGUGAGAGCCACAAGGGGGAGGACAAGGGGCACCUGACGUGGGCCGGGGGCCGCUAGGGGCUCGGGGUGCGCCCGCUAUUAAUACACACGCCCAGGAAGUGGAAACUCCCCAAGCCCUGCAUUGUGCCACGCGCAGGCUUCUGCAUGUGUGUUUCACUAUGACGGGUAUCCCAUUAAACUAAAAAUGAAUAGAUGGGUCUUUUGUUUUCAUCCAAGGUGAGAUGCCAUGGACUCGGUUUGCUCUCCCAGCUGAAACAACUAAAACCCGGACAGAAUAUAUGAAACAAAAGUUUUCAGACAUUGGAGAUCAGGCAGUGGGAGAGAAAUAAGCAGGGGAGCGUCUGCAGGCCCAGUGUCUGGUCCUCAGCUGACGGCUGCUCCCACACGUGUCUGCAGAGACAACAGGCGGGAUGGAAAAGCCUGUGAGCCCCAGGUAUCAGGUGCAGGGACCAGAGGGCACCACCUCUGCACCAGGGAGCCGGCUGUAUCCCACCCAGCAGGGCUGAGAAAUAAGUCUUCAGGGCGACAGAGCAGGACGGAUACAGCAUUGGGGUCAGUAGACAGAAACUAUUACAUUUAAACUGGAUAGACAACAGAGUCCUUCUGCGCGCACAGGGAACCAUAGCCAGUCUCCUGGGAUAGACCGUGAUGGAGAAAAAUAUUAAAAAAGAAUACAUAUGACUGAGUCACUUUGCUCUACAACAGAAAUUGGCACAACGUUGUAAAUCAACUAUACGUCAAUAAAAAUGAAAAAUAAAAAUAAGUCUCCAGGGACCAAACUAUUUCUAGGUAUUUUAACUGCAUCUCAAAACAAAGCUCAAGAUGUAUAGACCGAAGAAUUCCAGGACCCAUCAAGGUCAAAUACAAAAUGUCUGACAGCCAGUCAAAAACGUCCUGGCACGCUAAGACCCGCAAUGAAGAGAAGAGCCGAGCAAAACCGGAUCCAGAAAUGACACAGCAAUGGCAUCGGUCAGCAGGCCAUUGAGAGUCCCCGAAGCUGCAGCCCACCUGUUUCAGGAGAGGGAGGGAAGACGGAGCAGGUGAGCGGAGCCAUGGAGGAUUCAAGUAGGCCCAGGCGGCGCUCCUGGGGGAAGACCAGCCCCGGCAGCGUGAACAGCAGCUCAACCAGCAGGAGGAAAGACCAGGGAGCUUGAGGAACAACAUAGGAAAAGCCUGGAAAAAAGGGCAGAGCACCAGGGAGCUGUGGGACAACAUAAAGCAGCCUGGCGUGCCUGUAAUUAGAGUCUGCAUGGGGGCCUGUUUGAGUUGAUAAUGGCCAAUUUUACCCACAUUUGAUGAAAACUGUAAUCCCACAGAUUCAAGAAACUAAAUGAAUCUCAAACACAAGAAACGAAACUAUACCAGGAAAUACUGUAUUCAGAUUGAUUAAAACUGGCGAUAGAGGAGUUCCCUUUGUGGCUUAGUGGGUUAAAGUCCUGACUGGUAUCCAUGAGGAUACGGGUUCAAUCCCUGGCCUGGCUCCGUGGGUUAAGGUUCCGGCGUUUCCACAGGGGCAGCGUAGGUCAAAGGUGUGGCGGCAGUGUACCCUGCAGCUGCAUCUCUGAUUCCAUACCCUGGCCUGGGAACCUCCAUAGGCUGCAGGUGCGGCCUGAAAAAAAGGAAAAAAACCAAACACUGAUAGAGUAUUUUUAAAGCAGCCAAAAAAAAAAAAAAAAAAAAAGGCAUGUUGUGUAUCAAGAAAACAAGUGUCACAACAGACUUCUUGCCGGAAACACACAGCAAAGAACGUCUUUAAGUUAUUACAUAAAAUGUCCA